AUGGCCGCGCGCCCCGGGCCGCUGUGGCUGCUGGGCCUGGCGCUGUGCGCGCUGAGCGGCGGCGGCCCCGGCCCCGGCUUCGGCUCCGGCUUCGGGUUCGGGCCCGGCUCCGGCUGCGCGCGGCGGCGUCUGGGCGCGCUGGAGCGCCGCGACCUGCAGCGCGAGAUCCUGGCGGUGCUCGGGCUGCCCGGGCGGCCCCGGCCCCGGCCCCGCGCGCCCCCCGCCGCCGCCCGCCGCCCCCCGCCCGCGCCCGCCGCCUCCGCGCCGCGCUUCAUGCUCGACCUCUACCGCGCCGUGGCCCGCGGCGACGACCGAGCCCUCGAGCGCCGCCUCGGCCGCGCAGACCUGGUCAUGGGCCUCGUCAACCUGGUGGAGCGUGAACACCUGCUGGGCCACCAGGAGCCCCCCUGGAAGGAGUUCCUCUUUGACCUCACCCAGAUCCCGGCGGGGGAGGCGGUCACAGCCGCUGAGUUCCGGAUUUACAAGCUGCCCAGCUCCCGCCCACUCAACCAGACCCUCCACAUCAGCAUGUUCGAGGUGGUCAGGGAGCAGCCCAACAGGGAGUCUGACUUGUUGUUUUUGGAUCUUCAGACGCUCCAAGCUGAGGACGAAGGCUGGCUGGUGUUGGAUGUGACAGCUGCCAGUGACCGCUGGCUCUUGACCCGCAACCAGAACCUGAGACUCCGAGUCUUUGUGGAGACGGAGGAUGGGCUCAGCGUGGACCCUGGUCUGGCCGGUCUGCUGGGACGCCAGGCACCGAGAUCCCAACAGCCCUUCAUGGUCACCUUCUUCAGGGCGACUCCCAGCUCCAUGCGAGCCCCUCGGGCAUCAAGGCCCCAGAGGAGGAGGCCCCGAAAGAAAACCAAUGAUCUGCCGCACCUCAGCCGACUCCCAGGGAUCUUUGAUGGCGACCCACGGCCCGGUGGUCGGCAGGUUUGCCGACGGCAUGAGCUCUACGUCAGCUUCCAGGACCUUGGCUGGCUGGAUUGGGUCAUCGCCCCCCAGGGCUACUCAGCUUACUACUGUGAGGGGGAGUGCGCCUUCCCACUGGACUCCUGCAUGAACGCCACCAACCACGCCAUCCUGCAGUCCCUGGUGCACCUGAUGAAGCCAGACGUGGUCCCCAAGGCGUGCUGUGCCCCUACCAAGCUGAGUGCCACCUCUGUGCUCUACUAUGACAGCAGCAACAACGUUAUCUUGCGCAAGCACCGCAACAUGGUGGUCAGGGCCUGUGGCUGCCACUGAGGCCGCCUGCCAGCCAGCUCCUACCAGGCCAGACACCUCCAGUGACAGGGACCCACUUCAUAGU